AUGAUUCGUUUAAGGUACCUUUGCCUUGGUUUGAAUGAUUUGAAUGGAACCAUUCCCAGGUCCAUUGGUUCCUUGACAAAAUUAUGGCACCUUGACCUUUCUGAUAACUCUCUUUAUGGAAUCAUCCCUCUAGAGUUUGGAAACCUCACAAACUUGCAAGUGAUUAAUCUUGGAUCCCUUGGAAAGUGUAGAGUUUGGAACCUAGAGUGGUUAUCUCAUCUUUCUCACUUAGAGGCACUCAAAAUGGAUGGGAUUUCUCUAGCCAAACAAAAUUAUUGGAUAGGUGUGAUUUUGAGUCUCCGAAAACUAUCUUCUUUAAGUUUAGAUGUAUGUGAGCUCUCACAGGUCAUGUAUCCAUAUUCUUCUUCAUUUCUCAACUCUUCUUGA